GUCUUCAUCAUGAAGGGAUUCAACUGUCAGUCUGAAGAGAAUCAACGAGACUUCAGUUAGGGGAAAAGAUGGGAGCCACAAUGACAAAAGAGGUCCUGUUGAGCACUCUGGACGACCAGAGCAAUACACUUCCUGUGGAGGUGACCAAACAGGUUUCAAACAACAGGAAUGAUCUACUGCAGAGUUUGGAACCAAAAGGGUCGGUGGAUGUCAAUGAUGUUGGAGAGACUUCAGAGAACAGAGGACCUUCCUCCUCUCAGAGUGAAGCUGCUGUAUUCUCUGAUGGGAUUGUUCCAGUACCAGAACCACAACACAUCUCAUAUUACCAACAAAAGUUUCAAACGAACAUUAAGACUAAAUUUAUGUGUGCACAAGAGGGGUGGAUGGAGAAGAAGGAUAAGCAACCUCUGGUCGAUAUCUACACAGAACUGUACAUCACAGCUGGAGGUGACAUACACAUCAACGAACAGCAUGAGGUCAGACAGACUGAGGUGGUGGGGAGGCGAUCAGAAACAGAGACACCAAUUAAACCCAGUGACAUAUUCAAACCCCCCUCUGGACAAACAAGAGCCAUAAGAACAGUGCUGACCAGGGGAAGUGAAGGAAUUGGCAAAACAUUUCUUGUGCUCAAGUUUGUGUCAGACUGGUCUGAAGGAAGAGCCAAUCAAGAUGUGCAUCUCAUAUUCCCCUUCACCUUCCGCCAGCUGAAUUUAUUGAAGGGAAAAAAGUUCUGUCUGGCAGAUCUCAUUCAUAAAUGUAUCAGGGAGACCAAACACAUCCCAGAAGAAGCACUGAAUCACAUCUUUACAACACUGCAGUCAUCAGGAAACACCAACUAUGACAGAAGUAAAUUCAAACUUCUGUUUGUUUUGGAUGGACUGGAUGAGAGCCGCCUUCAACUGGACUGCUCUACCAGUAAAACCCAGGACACAGACUUUGAUGUGACAAAGUCGACCUCAGUGGAUGUGCUGCUGUCAAACCUCAUAAAAAAAAAUCUGCUUCCCUCUGCUCGCCUCUGGAUAACCACACGACCUGCAGCAGCCAAUCAGAUCCAUUCUGAUUUUAUUGACAUAGUGACAGAGGUCAGAGGGUUCACUGACCCACAGAAGGAGGAGUACUUCCGGAAGAGGUUCACAGAUGAGGAGCAGGCCAGCAGAAUCAUCUCCCACAUCAAGACAUUACGAAGCCUCCACAUCAUGUGCCACAUCCCAGUCUUCUGCUGGAUCACUGCUAUAGUUCUGGAGGGUGUGUUGAAGACCAGAGAGGGAGGAGAGCUUCCCAAGACCCUGACUGAGAUGUAUGUAGAAUUCCUGGUGUUUCAGAUUCAUCAGACAAAAGAGAAGUAUGGCCAAGAACAGUGCGUUCAGUACAUUAAGUCAUUAGCAAAACUGGCUUUCCACCAGCUGGAAAAGGGCAACUUGAUCUUCUACGAGAAAGAUCUGAAAGAGAGCGGCAUUGAUGUCAGAGGAGCCUCAGUGUGCGCAGGAGUGUUCACAGAGAUCUUUAAAGAGGAACAUGGGAAGAAGAAGGAUGAAGACAAGAUGUUUAGUUUCGUCCAUCUGAGUGUUCAGGAGUUUUUGGCAGCUUUAUAUGUGGAGAUGUCGCUCGUCAACAGGAACAAGAAUGUGAUGUCUAAGCUUGCAGAAACUGUUGGCGAACAUCUGCAAGCCUUUUUUAAAACAACAGCAGUCCACAGGUUUGCUAUUGACAAGGCCUUACAGAGUCCAAAUGGACACCUGGACUUGUUCCUCCGCUUCCUCCUGGGUCUCUCUCUUCCAAACAAUCGGACCAAACUCCCUCAAGGCCUACUGAAAGAAACAACAAGCUCACAGACCAAACAGGAAGUUGAGUACAUUAAGAAGAAGAUCAAUAAGAAUCUGUCACCAGAGAGAACCAUCAAUCUGUUCCACUGUCUGAAUGAACUGAAUGAUCAUUCUCUAGUGGAGGAGAUCCAACAGUACCUGAGUUCAGGAAGUCUCUCCACAGAUGAACUGUCUCCUGCUCAGUGGUCAGCUCUGGUCUUCAUCUUACUGUCAUCAGAAUCAGAUCUGGAUGUGUUUGACCUGAAGAAAUACUCUGCUUCAGAGGAGGUUCUUCUGAGGCUGCUGCCAGUGAUCAAAGCCUCCAACAAAGCUGUGCUGAGUGGCUGUAAUCUGUCAGAGAGAAGCUGUGAAGCUCUGUCCUCAGUUCUCAGCUCCCAGUCCUCCAGUCUGAGAGAGCUGGACCUGAGUAACAACAACCUGCAGGAUUUAGGACUGAAGCUGCUGUCUACAGGACUGAAGAGUCCACACUGUAAACUGGAGACUCUCAGGCUGUCAGGCUGUAUGAUCUCAGAGGAAGGCUGUACCUCUCUGGCCUCAGCUCUGAGAUCCAACCCCUUCCAUCUGAGAGAGCUGGACCUGAGCUACAAUCAUCCAGGAGACUCAAGAGUGAAGCUGCUGUUUGCUGGACUGGAGGAUCCACACUGGAGACUGGACACUCUCAGGGUGGAACACGGUGGAGAGCAGUGGCUGAAACCUGGUCUGAGGAAGUAUUCCUGUGAACUCACAGUGGACACAAACACAGUGAACAGAAACCUUGAACUGUCUGACAACAACAGGAAGGUGACAUUAGUCACAGCGGAGCAGCCAUAUCCUGAUCAUCCAAAGAGGUUUAAUGUCUGGCCUCAGCUGUUGUGUAGAAAUGGUCUGACUGGUCGCUGUUACUGGGAGGUCGAGUGGAGAGGAAGAGUUGAUAUAUCAGUGAGUUACAUACAAAUUAGAAGGAAGGGAGACAGUGUUGACUGCACGUUUGGUGGAAAUAAUCAGUCCUGGAGUCUUUUGUGCUCUGAUGUUGGUGGUCACUCUGUCUGUCACUAUAACAGAAGAACAGAACUCCCCUCUUCCUCCUCCUCCUCCUCCUCUGUCUCUAACAGAGUAGCAGUGUAUGUGGACUGUCCUGCUGGCACUCUGUCCUUCUACAGAGUCUCCUCUGACACACUGAUCCACCUCCACACCUUCAACACCACAUUCACUGAAUCUCUUUAUCCUGGGUUUAUGUUAUGGCCUGGUUCCUCAGUGUAUCUGUGUUCACUGUGACUGUGACACUGAAACACUGCUGUCAAACACACACACACGAACAUUUUCUAAGUCAAACUAACUUUAUUUUGGUGAAUGUAUGUGGUUUUAAAAACCUUGAAAUAUGUUUUCAUCCAGGUUUUUGCAGCAAACGCUAAAUGAUUUUAGUUUUCUAUACUUUUUUCACAUAAAUAAUCAUGUAUAUAAAAUUAAGUAAUUUUUUCAUUCUUGGACAAAUUAAUUCAAACCAACCAACUGACUUUAAUUAAAAUUAGUUAAUGUCACUUGUUAAAGGGACUAAACGGAAGAAAAUGUGGACUUCAGCUUUCAGUUGGUCUCACUAUCCCGGCUGUAUCCUCUCACCAUCAUAUGAUUUUAACUCUAGCUUGUUUCUGACUUUGAAACCUGUGUGGAUUAAAGACAACUGAUACUUCA